AUGCGGCGUAGUACAAAAAUGGACAAGGCGCAGCAACAGCAAAAGCAACAACAGGUGAACGACAAAGUCAGCGACCGUGAUGACGCCGACGACGUCUAUACCGCGAUUAGGCGAUCUGUGGUGUCGGUAGUAACCGCGGCCGUGACGUCCGGCUCUCUCAAACUGCGACCCAACUGUUUGGAACUGUUUCGUGGUACGUUUGUGUUGGGUGAAAACUUAAGGCCGUGGCUGAUAGACAUCGUGUCGGAUGACCCGUGUCUAGCCGCCGACUGCAAAGAACGUGACCGGGUGGCGCCUGCGGCUACCCGCGUAGCCCGGAGCGCAGUCCAGGGCAUCGGUAUGAUGCUGGUCGAUAGAAGUCGUGGUCGGGCGUGGCUUGUGCCGCUUGUGGGUCCUGCUGGUCAGCAUCUUGGACGCGGUGAACAGUUGCGGUGCGUACGAUUCGGCGCCGGCUGGCAUCGGGCACUCAUGGAUCAUGUCGAACAUGCCAAUCCGGGUAACCCCGACCUCGACUUCUAUCGACCAGAGUAG